AUGAGCGUCACAUUUGGAGUUUUCCGCGGUUCCCAGGAGGGCCAAAUUGUUGCGGACAAGACUACUCGCGAACUGCAGCCCAAUGAGGUCUAUAUCGAAACUACCCACUCCGGUCUCUGCGGUACCGAUGAGCACUACCUGAAGUCGGGACAAGUUCUGGGUCACGAGGGUGUUGGUGUUGUUCGCCAGCUCGGACGUGACGUUAAGAAUGUCAAGGUUGGCGAGCGUGUUGGAUUCGGAUAUACUCACUAUGUCUGUGGUACCUGUGAGAAGUGCCUGACUGGCUGGGAUCAGUACUGCGAGAACAAGAAGGAGUACGGUUCUCACGACCACGACCUCGGAUCCUUCAGCCAGGGUGUCGUCUGGGACGCCGGCUGCGUCGUUCCCAUUCCUGAUGGAUAUGACUCUGCCGAUGCUGCUCCCCUGAUGUGCGCUGGCGCCACUGUUUGGACCUGCUUGACUGAAUACGGUGUUCGUCCUACCGACCGCGUUGCUGUGAUGGGAAUCGGUGGCCUGGGUCACCUGGCUAUCAAGCUCGCCUCUGCCAUGGGCUGCCACGUCGUGGUCUUCUCUAGCUCCGAGGCCAAGCGCGAGGAGGCUUUCAGCUUUGGUGCCUCCGAGUACCACGUCUUCCGUGCUGGCGAGGAGCUCAAGGACUGCAAGCCUGUCAACCACCUUCUCCUCUGCGGUAGCGCCAAUGUGGAUUACCCAUCCCUCAUUCCCCUGAUGGACGUCCACGGAUCUAUCUACCCUCUUACCGUUGACUUCGCGCCCUCUCCCGUCCCUCUGCUCUUCAUGAACAUCAAGGGUAUCCGUAUCCAGGGAUCCCUUGUCGCUUCCCGCCGUAGCUUGCGAACCUUGGUUCAAUUUGCUGCGGAUAAGAAGAUCACCCCUACCAAGAUGACCUUCCCCUUGAACAAGGAGGGUGUCGAGGAGGCCAUGCAGACCCUCCGUGAUGGAAAGAUGAGAUAUCGCGGUGUUCUGGUUCGCCAGUAG